AAGGCUGCAGCGGAAGAAAAAAAACAGGCAGAGCUGAAACAUCAACAGGAAUUGGUGAAACAGAAAGCAGAAGCAGAGGCCAAAAAGAAACACGAGGAAGAGUUGGCAAAGAAGAAACAAACAGAGGAGUUGGUUAAGAAAAAACACGAGGAAGAGUUUGCCAAAAAGAAACAUGAUGAAAAGAAUGACCCAAAGAAACAUGAUGAAAAAAAAGACCCUAAGAAGCACGACGACAAAACUGAUCCAAAGAAGCAUGACGGCAAAACUGACCCAAAGAAACACGACGAAAAAAAGAGCCCAAAAAAGCACGACGACAAGAAAGAUCCAAAGAAAAAAGACGAUAAAAAGAACGAAAAAGGUAACCAGCAACAGGAACCCAAUUUUCCCAGUCCUGAUGUCCCAGAUGUUCCACCAGGGCCUUCACCGGACACCCAACCAGACCCACNGCCCAAAAAAGCACGACGACAAGAAAGAUCCAAAGAAAAAAGACGAUAA